CACAGGAGUUUCUAUGGAUUUUUUUCUCUAGUCUACCCAGACUAACACAAAGUUGAAUACAUGACAUCAUCCAGAAGAACAUUUUUGAAGGCAACCUCCCGACUCUUAGUAAAUUACCAAGAGCCCUAUCGUUCUCAAAUAUUGGAUUAUCUCUUUAAGCCAAACUUUGGUGCCUCUUUGCAUAUUCUAAAGGUCGAAAUAGGUGGCGAUGGGCAGACAACAGAUGGCACUGAGCCCUCCCACAUGCACUAUGCACUCGAUGAGAAUUAUUUUCGGGGCUAUGAGUGGUGGAUAAUGAAAGAAGCCAAGAAGAGGAACCCUAAUAUUACACUCAUGGGGCUGCCCUGGUCCUUCCCUGGAUGGCUCGGCAAAGGGUUCAACUGGCCGUAUGUAAACGUUCAACUGACUGCCUAUUAUGUCGUGGCCUGGAUUGUGGGCGCCAAGCAGUAUCAUAAUUUGGACAUUGAUUAUAUCGGGAUAUGGAAUGAGAGAACAUUUGACAUCAGUUAUAUCAAGAUGUUAAGAGCAAUGCUGAACCAUCAUGGUCUGGAGCGAGUGAAAAUCAUAGCAAGUGAUAAUCUCUGGGAGCCCAUUUCUGCUUCAAUGAUGCUUGAUGCUGAACUCUUGAAGGUGGUUGAUGUUAUAGGGGCGCAUUACCCUGGGACCUAUACAGUUCGGGACGCAAAGUUGACCAAGAAGAAACUUUGGUCUUCUGAAGAUUUUAGCACUGUGAAUAAUGAUGUGGGUGCAGGUUGCUGGGGUCGUGUACUGAAUCAGAAUUAUAUCAAUGGCCACAUGACUUCCACCAUCGCUUGGAAUUUGGUGGCUAGUUACUAUGAGCAGCUCCCUUAUGGGAGGUGUGGAUUGAUGACUGCUCAGGAGCCAUGGAGUGGGCACUAUGCCGUAGAACUUCCUAUUUGGGUCUUUCUCUGCUUUUCUACAGCUCAUACCACGCAGUUCACGCUACCAGGUUGGCAUUACCUGAAGACAGUUGGCCUUUUAAAGCAAGGCGGAAGCUAUGUGGCUCUCACUGAUGGUUUAGGCAAUCUCACCAUCAUCAUAGAGACGAUGAGUCACAGACAUUCUUUAUGUAUUAGGCCCUUCCUCCCUUAUUUCAAUGUGUCCAGACAAGCCGCUUCCUUCUCCCUGAAAGGCUCUUUGAGCCAAAUACCGGAGCUACAAGUGUGGUAUACCAAAAUUGGAAAUUCAUCGAAGAAAUUUUCUUUUAAACAGCUGGAUCCUAUAUGGACCCUUGACACCAAUGGCACCUUCACCCUGGAGCUGGAGGAGGAUGAGCUCUUCACCCUUACUACCCUCACCACAGGGCAGAAGGGCAGCCACCCGCCUCCUCCAAAGUCCCAGCCCUUCCCGCCGCAUUAUAAGGAUGACUUCAACAUCCGUGACCCACCGUUCAGUGAGGCUCCAAAUUUUGCUGAUCAGACAGGUGUCUUUGAGUAUUUCAUGAACGGGGACGACCCUGGAGAGCAUCGCUUCACACUGCGCCAGGUUCUGAACCAUCGACCCAUUACUUGGGCUCUGGAUGCAUCCAACACCAUCAGUGUUAUAGGGAAUUACAAAUGGAUCAACCUGACAAUAACAAGUGAUGUUUACAUAGAAACCCCUGACCAGGGAGGUGUGUUCAUUGCAGGACGAGUAAAUAAAGGUGGGAUUCUGGUGAGAAGUGCCAGAGGAGUUUUCUUUUGGAUUUUUGCCAACGGAUCCUACAAAGUUACAGGCGACAUUUCUGGAUGGGCCAUAUAUCGUUCAGGAUCUGCUGAUGUUUCAGCCAAAAAAUGGUAUACGCUGACAUUAACUAUCAAGGGUCACCUCUGCUCUGGCAUGUUGGAUGGGAAACUGCUGUGGGAGAACGUCCAGGUGAGCGUCCCGAAGAGCGGCUGGGCUGCCAUUGGGACGUACUCCUUUGAAUUUGCCCAAUUCGACAACUUCCAAGUGGACGCCGAAAGCUAAGCUCAGAGUCAGUUCAUGUUUUGAGUGACCAAUGUGUGAGCCUUUUGGAGGCUAACGAGAAUGAGGAGUAGUAGGGAGAAAAGUUGUUUUGCUUUUUUCCCCAUAAACAUCUGGAAGAUUUUGCUAGAACCAAUUCAAGGGCAAUACAUCCGUCAUUACCAUCACCUGAUGUGUCCUCUGAAAUCUGAAGGAUGGACUGGUCGCGUCCUGUUCUCAGGAGUGCUCUGAGUAGACCAGAUCCGGACUUCUGGACUUGGUCCUCAUGCUGAGGGCUCACGCUCCGUCUGACUCAGAAGCGAUCAUGCAGGUGUGGCUACCUUGAUCAUCACGGGGGUGGAUGUAUCAGUGCUGAGUGCCGGCCAGGUGUGUAAGUGAGCAGAGGCCCUUGCUGUAAGUUAAUGCUGCCUGAAUGAGAAACUGAACAACACUGGACAUGCUUUUCCCCUGAAAACCACUGCUACUGAUAGUCCUUACACUUUACAAAGCAUUUUCUAGUUUCUUCUUUUCCUGUGUAGGGUGGUGUUUUUGAAUUACAGGGUGUGCAGAAUGGGAUGGUUUGAAAAAUGCCUCAUUGACCAACUACCUCUAAAGCUAUUUAUACAAUAAAAAUAUUAGAAUAUUC